CCCGCCCAUUCUCGUCGCCUCCGAGCCAAUGGGAAGGCUCCAUACUGCAGGGUGAGAAGGGGCCGGCGCAGCUGCCGAGUUGCGAGUCGGCGAAAGCGGCGGGAAGUUCGUACUGGGCAGAAGGCGACCGGUCUGCGGCUUAGGUGAAAAUGCCUCGUGUAAAAGCAGCUCAAGCUGGAAGACAGAGCUCUGCAAAGAGACAUCUUGCAGAACAAUUUGCAGUUGGGGAGAUAAUAACUGACAUGGCAAAAAAGGAAUGGAAAGUAGGGUUACCCAUUGGCCAAGGAGGCUUUGGCUGUAUAUAUCUUGCUGAUAUGAAUUCUUCAGAGUCAGUUGGCAGUGAUGCACCUUGUGUUGUAAAAGUGGAACCCAGUGACAAUGGACCUCUUUUUACUGAAUUAAAGUUCUACCAACGAGCUGCAAAACCAGAGCAAAUUCAGAAAUGGAUUCGUACCCAUAAGCUGAAGUACCUGGGUGUUCCUAAGUAUUGGGGGUCUGGUCUACAUGACAAAAAUGGAAAAAGUUACAGGUUUAUGAUAAUGGAUCGCUUUGGGAGUGACCUUCAGAAAAUAUAUGAAGCAAAUGCCAAAAGGUUUUCUCGGAAAACUGUCUUGCAGCUAAGCCUAAGAAUUCUGGAUAUUCUGGAAUAUAUUCACGAGCAUGAGUAUGUGCAUGGAGAUAUCAAGGCCUCAAAUCUUCUUCUGAACUACAAGAAUCCUGACCAGGUGUACUUGGUAGAUUAUGGCCUUGCUUAUCGGUACUGCCCAGAAGGAGUUCAUAAAGAAUACAAAGAAGACCCCAAAAGAUGUCAUGAUGGCACUAUUGAAUUCACGAGCAUCGAUGCACACAAUGGUGUGGCCCCAUCAAGACGUGGUGAUUUGGAAAUACUUGGUUAUUGCAUGAUCCAAUGGCUUACUGGCCAUCUUCCUUGGGAGGAUAAUUUGAAAGAUCCUAAAUACGUUAGAGAUUCCAAAAUUAGAUACAGAGCAAAUAUUGCAAGUUUGAUGGACAAAUGUUUUCCUGAGAAAAACAAACCAGGUGAAAUUGCCAAAUACAUGGAAACAGUGAAAUUACUAGACUACACUGAAAAACCUCUUUAUCAAAAUUUACGCGACAUUCUUUUGCAAGGACUAAAAGCUAUAGGAAGUAAGGAUGAUGGCAAAUUGGACCUCAGUGUUGUGGAGAAUGGAGGUUUGAAAGCAAAAACAAUAACAAAGAAGCGAAAGAAAGAAAUUGAAGAAAGCAAGGAACCUGGUGUUGAAGAUAUGGAAUGGUCAAACACACAGACAGAGGAGGCCAUACAGACCCGUUCAAGAACCAGAAAGAGAGUCCAGAAGUAAUUCAGAUGCUGUGAACCAGCUUUCCUUUUCUUUGUUUUCUUUUGACUUUUUUCUCCUUUUCUAUUUGAACUGUUUUAUUUUCAUGUGAGUCUUGCGAGGUGGAAGUAACAAUUAAAUACCCAUGUGUUCAGAAAACAUUAACUUUUUUUAUAAAAAUAUUUUGUACAAUUCAUUAAAGGCUAAUUUAUGAAAUUUCAAAAUCUUCAGGUUAUACUCCUUAAGUUAUUCCAAAGCCGUGUGUUUGUGAUGUUUUGGAGUACAUAUAUAUGAAAAUUAUUAUGACAUGCACUUUUCUAAUCAUUGUACAUUUCUCAGAGUGGAUAAAAAUGUUUGACAAAGUCCUCACUUUUAAGGAAAUGCAAAGCUUAAAAUAAAAAUCUCUUUUGUUUGAUACAAAUGCAC